UAAGGUUAUUGUCAAAGAAUUGUCAACUCUCUGUCAGGCUAUUUCAAAAUUUACAAUGUGCUUCAUAACGUAGAAAGCUAAAGCUGACUACACUAUCUUGAAACCGUACAAUGUCCAAAUGUUCUUUGCAGCUGUAUGUGAAUGAAAACUUCACGUCUCAACCCUCAAUAGAGUCAAGCGAUGAUUUGUUGAAAAACUUAACAAGCAGUGAUUGUAAGAAACGAACCAUCUGUAAUUAUAGAGACGUGCUAGAAAACUACAAGGAACCACUUCACAAAAAUUGUACCUCUAAAACCUUAAAUUCCGUUGACUCGCAAAAAAACCAUCCAGUAUUACGUAAUUACUUAUUACGGCAUUCCGGAAGCGUCAAAGCAUACCACAAGAUAAUAAAGCAACAAGAAGAAAUUUUAAAUCUUUGUCGAGAAAAGUUAGCAAAAAAAUUCUCAAAAAGUUUUCUUAGUGGGGUUAAAGACGAGGAUAUUGUUAGAGCCCUUAAAAUUAUACAAGAUACUGAAGAACCCACAUCCGAUAAAAUCAUUUGUAAGAUUUUGAGAGGAAUUGUGUCUGAUGUAAGCAAAAAUACCUCUGAACAAAAUGAAGAAACUGUUAGUAUUGAUCAAGUUUUAAAAUCUCAAUAUAGUAGUAUCUCUUCGUCGAGUUCAAGAAGAAAAUACAGCUUUGUAUUUAAUAAAUUAAAGACAUUAUUUAAAAAAUCAUCAAGAAAUCAUUCGAUUUCACUUUCCAACAAUUAUAAUAAGCAACCAAAUAGAUUUGUUUAUCACCAAAACUGUUUAUUCAACCCAAUUGAAACUCAAUUUUUAUAUCCUUAUAAUAACGUAGAAGAAAUCAGAAACUAUAAUAAUUACAAACCACCAUUUUAUGGAAAUUUCCCACCUCCAGGAAUGGGGUCUAAUCCCACAUGCGCGUGCCAUAAAAAUUUGGUGAAACUACAAAACGAAUUUGAGAAACAACAAAGCGAAAUUCGGCUAAUUAAUCAGAACCUCCAGCAAUGUUUGUGUCUUUUGCACGAUAUUGGUGAUAAGCCCCAGGAAAUUAAAAAUGCGCCGUUCGAUUCUUUCUUUGCCAACACUAAUUUCCAAGCGUAUCAAUUUGGUACAACAGAAAAUUUAUAUGGACAUGGACACAGAUCACAUUCGCAUAUACAUCAUAAAAAGAAGCAAGAACCUAAAAAGCGUGGAUGUUGUGGUAGAAAGCGAAAACAAACAUGUCCCCACCAAUGUAUAUACCAACCCCAAAAACACAAGGAACAUCAUAACAAAGCAGAACAUAACACGAAAUCAAUCCAUGAUAUUGGUAAAGAACCAAUUUGUAGAUCCUCCGAACUUGAUAUUAAAAAGACUCAACACAAACGGCGUAACUUUUGCGCGUGUUGUCAGCGAAGAAGGCGUGCUUCUACAACCUCUGUUGAUACAUAUGGAGAUGAAGAAGAGAAAAAGAAAACAAGAAAGAAAAGAGAGGUUGGAAUGAUAUCAGAGGAGCAUUCAAUACAUGCUUUAUCUAAACAUGAUACGACCACGAAAAAAAAUAAAAUGAGGUGUUCUUGUUGUAGAAAGAAGCCAAAAAAGGACACACAAAAAAAAGAACAUGAAGACCAUACAGAACACAAAGAUCAUCAAGAAAAACAUCAAAAAGAUGAGAAGAAUAAAUCCAAAAUUAAAUAUGAAUGCGAUGCAAUUUGUCCUGGUUUACUUUACGAUCAAGAAAAUCGAGCAAUGCAAGCCACAAUCAGUACACAAACAGUACCAUUUCUGGCAAAAAAAAUACUUAACACCCUUUUACACCCAAAAACGUCAUCGAUCGUUGAUACUCACCCUGCGGGAAUUAUAGAACUUCCUUGUAUCCAAUGCACUAAAGAAGUUAGAAGCACACGAUGCCAUUGCAUAAAAUGUAAACCAACUAGAAGUUUGAUUGAUUCGGGUUUUUCACCUUUAGCGUCAAGCAGUCGAAAAAGUCUGAGUAAUGUUACCAGUAAAUCUAAAGUGUCCGGGAAAUCUAAAAGCAGCAUAUGGAAAUCGGGUGUAAAUGUUAAUAAGGGAAAAACUGGUAAGAAAGGUAAAAAACAAAAAGUUAAGAAAGUUAAAACAAAGAAAAAAGGGAAGAAGAAGGAUACUACGAAGAGUGAGGGCGAUAAGAAAAACAAAGGGAAAUGUUCUAUAUUUAAAAUGUGUAAAAUGAUUUGUUGUCGUGGUACAUAGUGUAAUUAAUUUUUUGACAGUAAAUAAU